AAAACACACGUGCGCUUUUUAACUUAUGUUACGUCUGCUGAGACUGCUCUUUUUAACAUAUGUUUAACCAUUGAGCCACCCGCAGCUUAUGUAUGACCGCAACAAUGAGCUCCAAUUUUGAAUCUAAUUAUGACGAGAACAACAAACUUCUGCUUCGAUCGGACACAAUACCAAGAGAGGCGCCCUACUACUGCUUCGAAUUCAUCACCUACGACACAAAGCGAAGUUUCAACCUGUUUUACGAGCAAUUUUUUCCCAAGCUUUCCCGCCUCUUCGCUCUGGGACUAAACCGGUCCUUAUUCUUCACAAAUGCGUCCAAGCAGCCUCUGGAUCUGAAGUGCAGUUUUUUCGAGAAAAGGUUCUGGUGGGAUUUCAACUAUGACAAAAUGGAGAGGUGUGGGGGCCAGCAGGAACUAUUAUUCGGAAAAGGCAAAAGAAUAGGCCUUUUCAAGUUGGCCUUUUCCUCUUUAAACUCAACUGAAGUUGACAGUCUGGUACCGGGAUUGAGAGCACUUGCUGUGACCGGGAACGAACGAGUACUCCUCAUUUUCAACUCUUCUUCUGGCAACUUGGAGGACAUCAAAGAUAGAUUGAAACCUCUGCUGGCUCAUCCAAACAGCAUUGGAUGUGCCAUAUAUGGAAGGCUGGAUGAUCUGCACCCAGAAAACCACUCUGAAUCCGACGCUGGUUGGGUGGUGGAAGUUCUCUUCUCCAAAGGCGGAAUUGUGGGAUGUGGAAAAGCACUGAUGGCCUUGAAGAAAGGGGGAUCGAACGGGGGCAAAAACGCAGUUCAAUGGGGAGUGUUCAAUGAAGAGAGAUUUCUGCCGGUGGAAUAUCAAUGUGACAUGCGAUAUCCUUCCAUAAUAGGAAGGCUACAUGGCUACUAAGAGACAAAGAAUUCAAAAUAUGUCGUAAAGUCUUAAAAUUAGAUUAAUGAGAUUUCGAAGUUUUUGCUGUGGUUUAAAAGAAAACAUUUUGUUCGUUUUAUAA